AUGAAAGCCGAUGUGAAGUCCAAGAGAAUGAAUGAAUAUGCACAUAUUUUUGGUGCAGACAAUGGCUGGUGCCGGGCCCAUCCACUUCGAACAAAAGGACAAGCACCUGAAGCGCUAUCCACCUUAUUCAACAGGGACAGCGUUCCACCGGCCUUGAUAGUUGAUGGAGCAAAGGAGUUUGUCAGUGGGGACUAUAAGAAACGCGUCCGACAAGCUGGAUGUGACUUCCGCACAACUGAGCCUUAUUCACCAUGGCAAAACACUGCUGAAGGCACAAUCAGAGAGCUGAAGAAAGACACUGCACACGUCAUGCUCCGUACUGGAACGCCAAAGAGGCUAUGGGAUGAUUGUUUAGAACAUCGGGCCUACAUCCGAUCUCACACCGCCCUUAACAUAUACAACUUGGAUGGGGAGGUGCCGGAGACUGUUAUGACUGGACAGACUGCAAAUAUUGGUCCAUGGUGUGAUUUCCAAUGGUAUCAGUGGGUAAAAUACUACGAUGAGACUGCAAAAUUCCCUGAUGAUAAGAUGUCUCUUGGACGAUACUUGGGACCAAGCCCUGGAAUCGGAUCCCUCUUGACUGGAAAGAUACUUAAGCACAACGGAAAUUACCACCACACCUCCACCUUCAGAGCCCUAACAUCCGAAGAAAUGGCUGACGACGCCGAGAAACGCCUACGUAAUGACUUCAAUACCAAUGUGAAUGACAAGUUGGGUGACAAGGCAAAGCCUGAAGAUUUCAGUGAGGACAAUCUCACCCCUGCAUAUGAUCGUUAUGAGGAUGACUCUGGAGAAGGAUUGGAUCUAAUGCCUGAUAGGGAUGAGCAACAGCACGACUACGAUGAUCGAUACCUCAAUGCUGAAGUGCUGCUUGCUAGAGGGGACAAGAUCGUAACUGGAAAGGUCACUGGACGAAAGAGGGAAGCAGACGGAAGUCUUAGAGGAAAUGGGCAUGCUGUCCCAAUGCUGGACACUCGCACAUAUACCGUUGAAUUCCCUGAUGGGGCCGAAGCCACUUAUGCAUCAAACGUACUUGCUGAGGGAAUGUACCUGCAAUGUGAUGAGAACGGCAAUCAAUUCCUCCUGCUCGACUCCAUCAUUGACCAUAAGACAGACAAAACUGCUAUCCAACCUGGCAACGACAGAUUCCGAUACCAUGGACGACUUGUCCAGAAAUGUAUCACAAAAGGAUGGCAGCUUUGUGUCCAAUGGAAGGACGGUACCACUACUUGGGAGCGACUGUCUGAUCUCAAGGAAUCUUUCCCCAGUGAGGUUACUGAGUAUUCCGUCGCAACUGGAAUAGAUCACCUACCUGCAUUCAAGUGGUGGGUUCCAUACAUCUUGAAGAAACGAAAUGCAAUCAUUGCCAAAGUCAAGAGCCGAUACCACAAGCCAACACACAAAUUUGGCAUCAGAAUUCCCAAAACAGUCCAAGAAGCCCGUGAACUUGAUCGAAUCAAUGGCAACGACUUGUGGGAACAGGCCCUUGGGAAGGAGAUGAGCAAUGUUCGUGUGGCUUUCAAGAUGCUCAACGAGGAAGACAAAGCACCAGUUGGGCACGCCAAAAUCAAGUGCCAUAUCGUUUUUGAUGUCAAAAUGAAAACACUCCGCCGAAAAUGCCGACUGGUUGCUGGUGGCCACAUGACUGAGGCACCAUGCCCUAGCGUAACUUACUCGAGCGUUGUAUCUUGUGAAUCUGUCCAAAUUGCCCUAACACUUGCCGCUUUAAAUGCAUUGGAAGUCAAAGCUGCUGACAUCCAGAAUGCCUACUUGACAGCGCCUCUCGUCAGUGAAAAGAUUUGGACAGUUUGUGGCCCUGAAUUUGGGAAGGACGAAGGCCGCAAAGCUAUUGUUGUACGUGCAUUAUAUGGAUUACGGGCCGCUGGGCAUGACUACAGAACAUUCCUCUCGGAGUAUAUGCAAAAUCUGGGAUGGAAACCUUGCUUGGCCGACCCUGACGUAUAUUAUAUGCCAAUGACAAGACCUGAUGAUGGCUUUGAAUACUACGCUUACGCACUCCUCUACGUUGACGGCAUAUUAAUGAUCCACCACGAUGCUAUGGGAGCGCUCAAGAAAAUCGACAAGGCAUUCAUGCUAAAACCAGACUCUGUUGGCGAUCCUGAUAUCUAUCUAGGGGCCAAGUUCCGUACUACCACUCUGAAGAACGGGGUUGUUGCAUACUCCUUGAGUCCGAGCAAAUAUGUCCAAGAGAACGUGAGACUCGUGUCGAACUACUUAGAGGAACACCAUGGGACCACAUUGAAGAAAGGAUCCAGAGCCAGAUCACCCUUACCGAACAACUACCGUCCUGAACUUGACAUGACAGAAGAACUUGAAGGAGAGGAAGCAUCGUAUUUCCAAUCCCUUGUUGGUAUUUUGCGCUGGAUGGUCAAAAUUGGUAGAAUUGAUAUCAUCACUGAAGUUAGUAUGCUUGCGUCUCACCUUGCUCUUCCCCGCAGAGGACACCUCGAAUCUAUUUUCCACAUGUUCGCCUACCUGAAAGCUCAUCACAAUGCUACUAUUGUAAUGGACCCAUCCUACCCACAGAUCGAUCACUCUGUCUUCAAGACAUGCAACUGGUCCGAUAUGUACCCUGGAUCAACGGAGCCAAUACCUCCAAACGCGCCUGAACCACGAGGCAAGUCCAUUGAUGUCAUCCUGUAUGUUGACAGUGACUUAGCUGGUGACAACAUCGGCCGCCGCUCUCGUACUGGAUACAUGAUCUAUGUCAACAAUGCCCUUGUGAUUGCCCACUCAAAGAAACAGGCUCGGAUUGAGACCAGCGUCUUUGGGGCUGAGUUUUGCGCACUGAUACAGGGUAUGGAUCGAAUGAGGGGACUCAGAUACAAACUACGCAUGAUGGGAAUUCCCAUGGAGGGACCUACUUACGCCUACGGAGACAACAUGUCUGUCAUUCACAAUACACAGAGACCUGAUUCUACGUUGAAGAAGAAAUGUAAUUUGAUUGCAUACCAUGCGUGUCGUGAAGCCGUUGCUGCUGGUGAAAUGAUCACCGGUCAUGUCCCGUCAGAGAAGAACCCAGCUGACCUAGCUACAAAGAUUGUACCUCCCGGACAGAAGAGAGACGGAUUACUGGACAUUGUGAUGUAUGACUUUCGAUGA